AGGAAAGGAGGCCGCAAGCGCAGGCGGCUCUCUGUGGAGGAAGCAUUACCGGAAAACCUCCAGACAGUAGCACAUGAACCCGACCCCACGCGGACCUGCCAACGGCGUGCCAGCACGCCAGCAUUCCUGCACAUUUGAGGAGCGUAGUAAGACUUUGGGAUUUUGUGUUGCAUGUUGUUUCAGGUGUUGGAUUCUGCUGCUAAAGCGCCACCUGGUGGCCACGUGGCGCGCUUACUAUGGCAUCACUCCCACUUUGUGGUGGGUGUAGAAGUGUGUGGUUCAUUAUGCCACUCAGCUUCAUUGUGCAUCCACCGUCACAUCACAUCUCAGUCCAGUUGCAGGAUGGCCGGGAGCUGCUCCCAAGGAUGCUUGUUUUCCUUUUUCGAAUACAAAACGGCAGAAUACGUCGCCACCAAAAAUAAGACAGUUGGAGUUUUGUACAGACUUCUUCAGUUGUUAAUCAUCAGUUACAUUAUCGGGUGGGUCUUUGUAAGCCGGAAGAGCUACCAGGAGACGGACGAGGCCGUCCAGAGCUCCGUCGUCACUAAAGUGAAGGGAGUCUCGGUGACUAACACCACGGACUCCGGUCUGCUGUUGUGGGGCCCCGAGGACUACGUCAUUCCACCACAGGGGGAAGAUGUUCUGUUUGUUGUAACCAAUUUCUUGGAGACGCCGAACCAGACGCUGGGAUACUGUGCUGAGAGCGUCAAAGUGCUUGAUGGUCGAUGUCGAGGCGACGAUGACUGUGAGGAGGGGAAGAUGGUGACGGCUGGCAACGGGAUCAUGAGCGGCCGAUGCUUGACAAAAGGUGGAAACUCUACUGGUUCCUGUGAAGUCUUCAGCUGGUGUCCCAUCGAGAAGGAAUACAAACACCAAGACCCUCUGCUGACAAAUGCUGAAAACUUCACCAUCUACAUCAAGAAUUUCAUCCAUUACUCCAAGUUCAACUUUUCUAAGUCCAACGUUUUACAAACCACCAACAAGUCCUAUCUGAAGGGAUGCCGAUAUGACGAGGAGCUCCACCCCUACUGCCCCAUCUUUCGCCUGGGCGACAUCACCAGACGAGCUGGACACAACUUCCAGGACGUGGCCACACUUGGUGGCUCCAUCGGCAUAAUGAUCGAGUGGAACUGUGACCUCGACAAAGGCGCCUCCAACUGCAAUCCACAGUACAGCUUCACCCGCCUGGACGUCACCGACUCCAACGACGCCAUCGAGGCAGGGUUCAACUUCAGACACACUCGCUAUUUUAAAACUGCCGCCGGUGAGAGCUAUCGAUCUCUAUUCAAAGUCUACGGCAUCCGAUUUAACAUCAUGGUGCACGGAGAGGCCGGCAAGUUCAGCAUCAUCCCAACACUCCUAAACGUUGCUUCGGGAAUGACUUUGACGGGUGCCGGGGCUUUCUUGUGUGACAUUGUCUUUUUCUAUCUAAAGAAGAGGAGCGACUCAUAUCAAGCGAGGAAGUCCAAAAGAUCCAAAAAUGAGGAGACAGCUUCUGAAGAGAACCGUGUGGAGGACGGAGAGGAGCAGGACAAUCUGACUUUGUAGUAAUAAUAGUAAUAAGGUAGUUCAGCAGAUUUAGUCAAAAUUCCAUGAGAAUCGUUCACUCUGUGGUACAAGCACCAAAUUUGGCACAAAGUACUAUUUCAGAAAAGCCCGGUGUCCACUGGAAACUCCCAGAGGUUGGCAAUAUUUCAAAAUUGCUGU